AGUUGCGCUUGUUUGCGUGUGACUCAGUAAGAGAACGGCAGUGUGAGUCCAUGCCAGCUCAUCCACACAUACACACACUUGUUUUACAGUAACUCAGCAGCCAUUCUGCUUAUUUGUUUUUAAAUAGUUUUUUUUUGGUCUGGUGGUUGUUCUGGCCAGCUGACCUCCCCGAUCCACACAGCAACUCUGCCUCUGUCUGCAGCCAUGUUUGAGACCGGUAGCGACGACUUGUAUCUGCCUCCGUACCAAGAUGAGGAGCUGGUGGACAACCUGCUGUCCAGUGAGGAGUCAGAUGGAGGUGGCCUUUCUCUGGCUAAGGCUCUGCUCCCCCUGGUAGAGUCCUCAUCCCGUCCCCUCGUCCCCUGCUCCACCCGCUACAAGACGGAGCUCUGCACCACCUACUCGGCAACUGGUUUCUGCAAGUAUGCUGAGCGUUGUCAGUUCGCUCACGGCCUCCAUGAGCUCCACGUUCCCUUCCGCCACCCCAAGUACAAGACUGAGUUGUGUCGCAGCUACCACACCACCGGCUACUGCUACUACGGCAGCCGCUGCCUGUUCGUCCACAAUCCCACCGAGCAGCGCCCCGCUCUCCGCCGCAGGAGGAACUUCCCCUGCCGCACCUUCCGCUCCUUUGGGGUUUGUCCCUUUGGCAACCGUUGUAACUUCCUGCACGUCGAGGGUGGAGACGUCAACAGCAGUGUGGAGUCGUCUGAUGAUGGUGAGAAGACUCCAACUGCUCCCACCCCCCAGCUGCAACCACAGACCAAGGAGUGGAAGCCACGUGGAGCUCUGUGUCGCACAUUCAGCGCUUUUGGUUUCUGCCUGUACGGCACACGCUGUCGCUUCCAGCACGGCCUCCCCAGCAAGAUCAAAACCUCAGACCAGAGCCAAGGGAACCUCUUCUACCCUCAGCCAGGUAGUUCAGGUUUACCUUCCCCUACCUCCCCGUUCACCUCCACCUCGCCAAACUCCUCGACCUCGUCCUCUCCUCCCUCAACCUCGUCAUCUCCUCCCUCAACCUCCCCUCUCACUACCCUGCCUGCAGAGGCUACAGCCCACAACGCUUUCACCUUCUCCAGUCAGCACCUGAGCGACCUGCUGCUGCCGCUGGCCCUCCACCUGCAGCAGCUGGAGAGCAGCAAGGCCCAGGAGAUCUGGGACAACAGGGUGCUGUAACUGAGCAUGUUUGUAGAUAAAACCAGCAUGAGCACUCAACACACAGCUGAAUUUAAAACUUUUUUUUUUUUUUCCUCUUCUCUUUCUAACCCAUUCCCUAGGGGCAUGUUUUAUUUUUAUAUAUAUAUUUUUUAAUUAAAGUUGGCUUGUCAGCAGGUCAAGCAAGCCUUGAACUGUUCAGUACUAAGCAGUCUGGAACAGUUGUGGACAUGUGGUGUCCUGAAUCACUAUAGGUGCAGCUGAGUGUAAUAAAAUGUUUUAACUAUUGUACAUUAUUAAUGAACUGAGUAAAUGUCUAACCUCAGCAUCGUGAAUAAACUAUUUUAAUCCUAAA